AUGAAGGCCUCUAUCAUUGCCGGUCUCUCCAUCCUCGGAGCCGCCGUGGCUGCCGACGUGCCCAACAUUGAGAUCAAGGGCAAGAAGUUCUUCUACGCCAACAACGGUACUGAGUUCUUCAUUCGUGGUGUCGCCUACCAGCCUGACUACACUGGCGGUAACGGCGGUGACACCGAGACCUCCUACACCGACCCUCUCGCCGACGUGGACUCUUGCAAGCGUGAUAUUCCCUACCUCACCCAGCUGCGCACCAACGUCGUCCGUACCUACGCAGUCGACCCGAAGAAGGACCACGAUGAGUGUAUGCAAGCCCUCGCCGAUGCCGGUAUCUACCUGAUUACCGAUCUGUCCUCGCCUUCCGAGUCCAUUGUCUCGGACGACCCCACCUGGAACGCCGACCUGUUCACUCGCUACUCUCAGGUCGUCGAUGCCUUCGCCAAGUACCCCAACGUCAUCGGUUUCUUCGCCGGUAACGAGGUUGCCAACAAGGUCAACAACACCGACUCGAUGGCCUACGUCAAGGCUGCCGUCCGUGACAUGAAGUCCUACAUCAAGGAGAAGAACUACCGUAGCUCCCUGGCCGUGGGUUACGCUACCGAUGACGACCAGACCGUCCGUGAGGGUGUCUCCAACUACCUGGUCUGUGAUGAUGCCUCCGACUCCAUUGACUUCUUCGGUUACAACAUCUACGAAUGGUGCGGUGACUCUUCCUUCACCAAGUCCGGCUACUCCGAGCGCACCAAGGAGUUCGAGGACUACCCCGUCCCCGCCUUCUUCUCCGAGUACGGCUGCAACGACGUCCGUCCCCGCAAGUUCACCGAUGUCCCCGUCCUCUACAGUGACAAGAUGACCGAUGUCUGGUCCGGUGGUAUCGUCUACAUGUACUACGAGGAGACCAACAAGUACGGUCUUGUCUCCGCCUCCGGCGACAAGGUCAGCACUCUGUCCGACUUCAGCUACCUCUCCAAGCAGAUGGAAUCUGCCACCCCCUCCGGUGUCGUCUCCAGCAAGUACUCUGUGACCACCACCGCUGGCCGUAGCUGCCCCACCGUCGGCUCCGACUGGAACGCCGCCAGCAAGCUGCCUCCUUCCCCCAACGCCGACCUGUGCGAGUGCAUGUACAACUCCCUGGAGUGUGUCCCUGUCUCCGAUAUCUCCAACAAGAAGAUCGGCUCCACCUUCUCCUACCUCGGUGGUGAGGAUGGUGUCAUGGACGGUGUCAACUCUAACGCCACCUCCGGCAAGUACGGUGCCUACUCCAUGUGCUCUGCCAAGCAGCGUCUUGCCUGGGCCAUGAACCAGUACUACCAGAACAACAAGGGCAAGGCCGGUGCCUCUGCCUGUGGCUUCAGCGGUGCCGCCUCCACCAAGAAGGCUACCUCCGCCUCCGGCUCCUGCGCUACCCAGAUGAGCUCCAUCGGCUCUAAGGGUACCAACGCCGUCUCUGCUGGUCUCGCUGCCAGCACUGGCGCCGCCGCCUCCGGCACUGCCGGCUCCAGCGGUGCUACUUCUUCCGGUAUCGCCGUUGGCACCGUUCCCCAGUCCGUUCACAUCGGUGCCUUCCAGGCUGGCGCCUACGCGGUUGCUGCCAUUGCUUCCGGUGUCUUCAUGAUCAUGCUUUAA